AUGCUCGACAACACCCCUUCAAGAUCAUGCUGUGUUUUAUAUGGCUCCCAAACUGGUUGUGCUCAAGAAGUAGCUGAAAGAAUUCAAAGAGAAGCAAAGAGAAGACAUCUCCGAGUGAAGUUGAGUGCAUUAGAUGAUUAUCCGAUUGAGAAUUUAGCGUCGGAACCUUUAGUAAUAUUUGUUGUGUCCACCACUGGGCAAGGAGACGAACCAGAUAAUAUGAAGAAAUUUUGGAAUUUUAUGAGGAGAAAGAGUUUGUCUUCGGAAUGUUUGAAGAAUGUAAAAUUUACUGUUUUUGGAUUGGGAGAUUCUUCUUAUUCGAAAUUUAAUUUUGUUGCAAAGAAGUUACACCGAAGAUUACUGCAAUUAGGAGCCAUAGAAUUUUACAAUAGAGGACUAGCUGAUGACCAGCAUCCAAAUGGUGUUGAUGGUGCUCUAGUUGGUUGGUUGAGGGGCUUAUGGGAUAAAGUAAUGAUGAUCUAUCCAUUACCAGCAGGUGUAGAGAUUGUGUCCCCUCAUGUUACACCAGAGCCAAGAUAUCGCAUGGUCGUUUGUGACAAGAAUAAUGUUGAUUUAUCAAAAGUCAAUUCAUACAUAUUUAACACAUCAAAAUCUCAUCAAGGAUAUUGCAAGGAAAACCCUUACAUGGCCAGAAUGAUUGAAAAUAGAAGAAUAACUGCCGAAAAUCAUUGGCAAGAUGUAAGGCAUAUUGUUUUUGAAAACGAGGGCCAGCCUCUCCCUUACGCUCCUGGUGACGUUCUAGCUAUUUUACCAAGAAACACCAAAGAUCAAAUUGAUCAUCUGUUAAAACGAUUGGCACUUACUGGUGAAGAAAUUAUCAGAAUUGAAAGAAUUGAUCAAGAUGCUCCAGAAUUUCCAUUUGGAAAUCAACCUAUUACUUUGUUCAAUUUAUUAGAGAAGUACUUGGAUAUUCAAGGAACUCCACGCCGAUAUCUAUUUGAACUAUUGAGCCAUUUUGCCACUGGAGAAGAAAAAGAACGAUUAGAAUACUUUGGAUCAGCAGAAGGCACCACAGAUAUGUAUCGUUACAAUCACAAAGAAAAGAGAACCUAUAUUGAGUAUUGGAUGAUUUUCCAACUGCACAACCCCCUUUGGACUAUCUAUUGGAUUUGA